CAGAAAAAGUUUCUAGUAUUGCUUUCGUCAUACCUAUCUAUAUAUCUUUGUAUUCAUGGUUAUUGAAAUUGAAAAGCAAAAAAUCAAGUGGUUACCUCUUGAGGCCAAUCCAGAUAUUUGGACAAAGAUUGUUCAACAACAUGGUGUCGAUUCAAAGUGGAGCUAUACAGAUGUUUAUGGUUUUGACCCUGAGUUAUUAGCUAUGGUACCACAACCAGUGAAGGCAGUUAUCUUUUUAUUUCCUAUUACCGAAGCUUAUGAAAAUUAUCGACGUGAUCAAGAAAAAACUGUGCUUCAACAACAACCGACAAUAUAUGAAGAUACGAAGCAUGUUCAUUUUUUCAAACAAACUAUCUCCAAUGCAUGCGGGAUGAUUGGAUUACUUCACUCUCUUGCUAAUAAUGAUGAUGUUAUCAAUACCAAUGAUGAUAAAAAACUUUUCCCAAAAAUCAUCAAAGAAACGAAAGGAAUGACACCAGCUGAACGGGCAACUUAUUUGGAAGGAUGUGCUGAAUUGGCGCAAGUACAUUCGGAUGGAGCUCAACAAGGUCAAACUGAAGCUCCUAGUUUGGAAGAACAAAUUUAUUUACACUUUAUUUGUUUUGUGGAAAUCAAUGAUCAAUUAUAUGAGUUGGAUGGUCGUCAAGCUUUUCCAAUCAAUCAUGGCAAAAUCCAGCAAUCUUUGUUAUAUGAUGCAGCAAUUGUGAUGAAAGGAUUUAUGGAACGUGAUCCUGAAGAAUCAAAUUUUAGUGCCAUUGCUUUAACAUGCGAUGAAUAAAAUAUAUUGUUAUUCAAUAAAGCAAAAAAAAAUUGAAUCUUAUCAUUUUGAAUAAUUGGAUGGUAGCACACAGUAGAGUUUCAACAGUUUCUUCAAUGGGAAGGAUCCCGGUAGGUCGGACAAUCAUGUAGCUGGGGUAAAAUAUAUGUACGCGGUUCAAUGUGGCCAUUUUCUCCUAUUUUUUUUUUAUUAUUAUUAUUCAAGUCUUUUUCUUUUAUUAUUUUAUUUUUCUUUUAUUAUUAUUAUUUUUUUUUUU